AGAAGAAAAACGUACCAGAUCCGAUUGAUUUCCCACCGACGUGCAAAAGUGCAAAACUUACAUACAAAAAGUCUCAAAAUACAAGCAAAGCAUAAGCAAAUCUUCCCGUCACUCUUGGCUUUUUUACCCCAUUUUUCUUCUCUUUUCUCCAUUUUAAUUUCUUUCGAAUAUAUUUACAUUCAUUCAUUAUAUCAAAACUUGCUUACGUAAAUAUACACUCUCUAAGAUAAAAAGAAAAAAAAAAACAAACACGAAAUUACUGUUUAGCUUAGGAAAAUGGCAGAUCAAAGUAGUAACAGCAAUAGCAAUUCAUCAUCAUCAGUAACAAAAAAGGAAGGAUUUAAGACGUAUUCAUAUAUCCUUCUUUACAUCGCUCUUUCCAGCGGUCAGAUCUUCUUCAAUAAGUGGGUUUUAUCAUCGAAGGAGAUAAACUUUCCUUAUCCACUUGGCUUGACGCUACUUCAUAUGAUGUUUUCCUCUGUUCUCUGUUUUGUACUUACGAAAGUUCUCAAGAUUCUAAAAGUCGAGGAAGGAAUGACUCUUGAAAUAUACACUACAUCAGUCAUUCCAAUUGGUGCAAUGUUUGCAAUGACUCUUUGGCUUGGAAAUACUGCAUACCUCUAUAUAUCUGUUUCAUUUGCUCAGAUGUUGAAAGCAGUCAUGCCAGUAGCCGUUUUCAUCCUUGGUGUAGCAGCUGGACUUGAAGCAAUGAGCAUCAGGAUGCUUCUCAUAAUGUCUGUGAUAAGUUUUGGAGUACUAGUGGCCUCUUAUGGGGAAAUCAACAUAAACUGGAUCGGUGUGGUUUACCAAAUGGGAGGUGUUGUUGGAGAAGCUUUGAGACUUAUAUUUAUGGAGAUUUUGGUUAAAAGAAAGGGUCUGAAAUUGAACCCAAUAUCCAUGAUGUAUUACGUCAGUCCUUGCAGCGCUCUGUGUUUGUUAAUUCCAUGGAUCUUUUUGGAGAAGCCAAAGAUGGAUGCACAGGGGACGUGGAGCUUUCAGCCUCUUGUGCUAAUACUCAACUCCCUUUGUACUUUUGCUCUGAAUCUUUCAGUUUUCCUUGUGAUUCAACAUACGAGUGCUCUGACAAUUCGUGUAGCGGGAGUUGUGAAGGACUGGGUGGUGGUCUUAUUGUCGGCUCUCCUCUUUGCUGAUACAAAGCUAACCUUGAUAAAUAUCUUUGGAUAUGCAAUAGCCAUUGGUGGUGUAGCAGCAUACAAUAACUUCAAGUUGAAAAAGGAAGCCACUCGAGCUGCUAUCCCUGAUCAUCCAAAUACCUCAUCUUCUUCCCCAAAAACAUCCAUACCAACAGCUUUUUCCUCCAAAACAUCUACUCAGUAGAUAAGGCUUUUGUUCACAGAGUGAUUACUUGUAUACUUCAAUAUUAAAGAUGAGGCUGAAAGGAAGUCAUCUUCAGUUGGAGUAGGGAAUAGUAGAAGAAACUGUAUUUGGCGAAGUGUACAUCUGGUAUAGCAUGCAAAGAAUUCCCCAAAUUUGAAUUAUUUACAGUAUGUAAAUUAGUAUGCCCGUUAGAUGUCAUGAACUUGUAUUUGAUUCUUUUGUGCACUCUAGAAGUGCCUGGUUCAAUUGAUAAUGCUCAUGUUGUAGAAUUUGACAUCUUGAAAUUGGUUUUGUGAUAUCUAAAGUUAUUUGUUAUAGUAAAAGGUUGUUACUGCUU